UGUUUACAAUUGAGCUCGCAAUCAGCUGGAAGGUGUUGUACGAUCAACAUGCUCCGAAGGCAGAGAUCAAGGAUUGAAGCUUGCAAAUACAAAAUACUUCUAGUUGGUGAACAACUAAGGUUUCAGAUGCAUGUCCAACACGUUAUAGAAGAGCGCCGCUUCCACUUUCGUACCUACAAGGCAUGUUUCGUGGGCAGGGAUGCCGUUGAUUGGUUAAUCCUCAACAGACAUGCGCAUACCAGGGAUGAAGCUUUGAUGUGCAUGGGCUUACUACAAGACCAGGAAGUGAUUCAUCACGUGUGUGACGAUCACUCGUUCAAGGACGAGCACCUGUAUUACCGCUUCCGCCGUGACGACGACACGUACCUACAGAACAAGGAUCUCAGAGCUUUCUUCAAGGGCCUGCAUUUGUUUGACAAACUGCUGGCAAGUCGCGCCGUCCUCCGCGACUUCCACGUCCCCGGUGUCGUGUACCGGGACAGCUUCAUGGGCCGCGAGCUGAUUGACUGGAUGCAGGAGAGCGGGCUGUCAGUCACGAGGGAUGCGGCCAUCAAAGACUGCAGGGAACUGCUGGAGAACGACGUCAUCAAACAUGUUACAGACGACUACCACUUUCGGGACGACGACCUGAUCUACCAGUUCUCCAUGGACUUCCACCAGCCCUACCUCCUCUCGGACAUCCUCUCCUUCCGCCGCACCUCCUCCUCCUCAUCUUCCUCGGGCUUCACGAGGUCCUCUGUCGAGCUGACCGUUCUCAGGAGACGCUCAACACCCGUAUCAAUGACAUCUUCUCCUAGAUCUGCUGCCGAUGACUCCUCGGACUCAAGUCGGAACUCUCUCCCCUCGCCAUAUCCAAGUCCUUCCGAGUCAUCGGCAGACGACAUUCGAGACAGAUUCCACUCUGGAUCCUUCUCCGCUGAUUCCACAGACACCCUUCAGCCAAAGUCAGUGUUGUUGCGCAACGUCACAGUGCAGGAACUUGAGGACCCCGACACGCCCUACAUCAAACACACCGUCAGGAUGACAAGUGACUCUGUAGGAUAUGGGUUCGUCAUCCGAGGGAACAGUCCCGCCUACGUCCAGACCGUCGACCCCAACGGCCCAGCUGCCGCUGCCGGGAUCAAGGUGCGGCAAUUUAUCUACUCUGUCAACGGUAAGAACGUGCUUCGAAUGGACCACAAGAGCGUGGGCAAGCUCAUUCAGCGGAAGAUGGGGAUGGUGUGUAUAGUGGUCAUGACCCACAAGCGAGACGCUGCGGACUCCCGGUGAUGUUCGCCUCAUUUUUUGAUGGACACAUCAUAAACACUUAAACCAUUGAUCCCGAUGCUGGUCGGAAAACACGACAAAAUGGGUACACUCUGAACAGGAUCGACCAUUUCUGCUGAAAAUAGUGUUCUUUGCAGUAGCGGAAAGGGCCGAAGAUUGCCGAUUGGGCUCGUCGGUCUCUCUGAUUUGGUUGAUCACGUUUCAUCGUACCCCAACCGCGUGGAUCGUUGUCAACAGCGUCAAUCACUGGAUUGUAUGUUCAAGACUCGUAAUUUGCAGGCCGACAGCUGGAACGUACACACACAUUCCAUGCCGGGAAUUGAAUAUUUCGGCAGGGUCAUAAACCUUAGAUUAACACGGUCGAGUGUAAUGGAUGAAGACAAUGGCCAUGAAAUUGAAUUCAAAACUAGAUGUCUGUUUCGAAUUUUGUGUAAUACAUGAGUAUGAGAGAAGCAACAUCGAUGUCAAUACAUCCCGUCUUAAAGGCUUUGUGUUUGGGUUAACGCCGCUUUAAAAAGAAUUUUCAGCAAUACCAGGUGCCAGCUAAAUGUUGCAGGAGAGCCGAUAGUGACACACGGAGUGGACGUUGACCAAUUUGUUGCUGACGGACGAAGGACCUUAAUUAGUGCGGAUCCUUGCACGGUCAAGGGGCUCAACUCUGCACAGCGCCUUUGACCCGGACAGUGGGCCCUGAUACACGAAUAGCUUAAUAGUAAAAUACGUUUCCCCCCUGAAAAAUAA